CUUUGGAUUUGAAAGACGCGUGGGUGUUUGUUAUUAGUUCGUCGUUUGUUGUUGUCAGAGCAAGCGUAGAAAAGAAGUAGCCUUACGUCGCCAGAUAUUGUUUUGAUACCCAGGCAUCUAACGUUAGCUUAAUUUUUGUAUAAUUAUUGUCGUUACGGGUAUCGAAUAAUCCCUGGAUACAAUGGCAGAAAGCGACUGGGACACCGUUACUGUCUUGAGGAAGAAGGGUCCGACUGCUGCGCAGGCCAAAUCUAAGCAGGUAGCUAGCUGCUAGCUAGAGCAGCUAGCAUUAGCCACUUAGCAUGUGAACCUGAGAAACAACUCGUGAUAUAUUGUAAAGAAAUAUGCGGUUUAAUCCAACCACUGAGCCCAUGUAGGCUGCACACUGUCACUGGCAGGGAAGCUUGCUAAUAAAUCCCGGGGAUUUGAUUGAGACCUCGCCUCUCCCUGGCGUUUCCUGCUCGGUAAAACGGUCGACGUGGACAGAAAUAGCGACUAUGUGGGUUGGCGUCUAAUCAUUUGACUGACGUCGAUGAAUUUGACUUUUAUCAAACAUUUUCAGCGUUUUCGUAGCCUGUGUUUGGAUUCUGUGUUGGAUCAGCCCCCCUGGCCUGGUCUACUCGUCAGCUAUACCAUUUAGCUAAAUAUAUCCCUGUGUUAUGGAACGAUGUAGAGUAAAUUUGAAUAAUGUGGCAUGUUUUGUCUAGGCUAUCACAGCUGCACAGAGACGUGGAGAAGACCUCGAGACUACUAAGAAAUGUGAGCCUUAUUCUAUAUAGCAAUAAAUGCAAGGUGCAAUCCACCAACUCCCCUACUGGGAAGUCUGGGACAUGAUGGAUUUUAUAUAUUAAAUUAUGUUAUGGCAUGUUUAUACUAACCAUGCCAAUUAAUGUCUCCACAGGGUCUGCAGGGCAGAACAAGCAGCACCUGAUGACCAAGAACACAGCCAAGCUGGACCGUGAGACGGAGGAGCUGCAGCACCAGCGGGUCUCCCUGGAGGUGGGCAAGGUCAUCCAGCAGGGCCGCCAGAACAAGGGCCUCACCCAGAAAGACCUGGCCACUGUGAGUAAUGCUGCCGCAAACCCAUAUGACUCAUUAAGACAUUGGUGCAUUUCUGUGGCUUCCUCGUCUCCUCUGCACCUGCACUCAUCUGAACACAGGGUAGGUGAAAAUUAUGUCCAAUACUUUCACAUAAAUACAUGAGGAUGCGAGGAGAGAAGGACACUUUCGAGAGGCCUCCAAUGUAUGUAUGUAUGUUUGCUCCCGAGUGGCGCAGCGGUCUAAGGCACUGCAUCUCAGUGCUAGAGGCGUCAUUACAGACCCUGGUUCGAUUCCAGGCUGUAUCACAAUCCGGCCGUGAUUGGGAGUCCCAUAGGGCGGCGCACAAUUGGCCCAGCGUUGUCCGGGUUUGGCCGGGGUAGGCCGCCAUUGUAAAUAAGAAUUUGUUCUUAACUGACUUGCCUAGUUAAAUAAAUAAAUGUAUAGCAUAAAAGAGAUGGCCUCAGUGAUGAUUGACAUUUUAACAGUUUGACUUUCGCAUUCGGAAAGUAUUCAGACCCCUUCCCUUUUUCAAAUUUUGUUACAUUACAGCCUUAUUCUAAAAUGGGUUAAAUAUUUUUUUCCCCUGAUCAAUCUACACACAAUACCCCAUAAUGACACAGUGAAAGCAGGUUUUGAGAAAUUUUUGCAAAUUUAUUAAAAGUAAAAAACGGGUACCUUAUUUACAUAAGUAUUCAGACCCUUUGCAAUGAGACUUGAAAUUGAGCUCAGGUGCAUCCUGUUUCCAUUGAUCAUCCUUGAGAUGUUUCUACAACUUGAUUGGAGUCCACUUGUGGUAAAUUCAAUUGAUUCGAUAUGAUUUGGAAAGGCACACACCUGUCUAUAGAAGGUCCCACAGUUGACAGUGCAUGUCAGAGCAAAAACCAAGCCAUGAGGUCGAAGGAAUUGUCUGUAGAGCUCCGAGACAGGAUUGUGUCGAGGCACAGGUCUGGGGAAGGGUACCACAUUUUUUUUGCAGCAUUGAAGGUCCCCAAAAACACAGUGGCCUUCAUCAUGCUUAAAUGGAAGAAGUAAGGAACCACCAAGACUCUUCCUAGAGCUGGCAAACUGAGUAAUCGGGGGAGAGGGGCCUUGGUCAGGGAGGUGACCAAGAACCCGAUGGUCACUCUGACAGAGCUCUGGAGUUCCUCUGUGGAGAUGGGAGAACCUUCCAGAAGGAUGACCAUCUCUGUAGCACUCUACCAAUCAGGCCUUUAUGGUAGAGUGGCCAGACAGAAGCCACUCUUCAGUAAAAGGCACAUGACAGCCUGCUUGGAGUUUGCCAAAAGGCACCUAAAGAACUCUCAGACCAUGAGAACAAGGUUCUCUGGUCUGAUGAAGCCAAGGUUGAACUCUUUGGAAAAGGAAACCUGGCACCAUCCCUACGGCGAAGCAAGGUGGUGGUGGCAGCAGCAUGCUGUGGGGAUAUUUUUCAGCGGCAGGGACUGGGAGACUUGUCAGGAUCGAGGGAAAGAUAAACGAAGCAAAGUACAGAGAUCCUGUACGCUCCAGAGCACUCAGGACUUCAGACUGGGGCGAAGGUUCACCUUCCAACAGGACAAUGACCCUAAGCUCACAGCCGCAGGAGUGGCUUCGGGAAAAGUCUCUGAAUGUCCUUGAGUGGCCCAGCCAGAGCCCAGACUUGAACCCGAUCUAACGUCUCUGAAGAGACCUGAAAAUUGCUGUGCAGCGACGCUCCCCAUCCAACCUGACAGAGCUUGAGAGGAUCUGCAGAGAAGAAUGGGAGAAACUCCCCAAAUACAGGUGCGCCAAGCUUGUAGCGUCCUACCGAAGAAGACUUGAGGCUGUAAUCGCUGCCAAAGGUGCUUCAACAAAGUACUGAGUAAAGGGUCUGAAUACUUAUGUAAAUGUGAUAUUUUGUUUUUUAUACAUUUGCAAAAAUGUCUAAACCUGUUUUUGCUUUGUCAUUAUGGGGUAUUGUGUGUAGAUUGGGGGGGGGCAACAAUUUGAAUCAAUUUGAGAAUAAGGCUGUAACAAAAUGUGGAAAAAGUCAAUUGGUCUGAAUACUUUCCGAAUGCACUGUAGGUCUAAAUAGCAUCACAUUUUCAGGCCACAGAUUUUUACUGACAUCUCUUUGGCUUUCACUUUCAGAAAAUCAAUGAGAAGCCUCAGGUCAUUGCAGAUUAUGAGUGUGGGAAAGCAAUUCCCAACAAUCAGGUCAUGGGCAAGAUUGAGAGAGCAAUCGGUGAGUGGAAUCUGGGACAGACUGUCACACUGACAUUUUUCAUAAUCAACCCCAAUGUUUAAUCAGGUCUGAGUAGUAGGCCACCUUAUUAAUCUAGACUUGACCAUUGGUAUUUUUUUUUGUGUCUGACAUCACAACUUUUUGUUCUCAGGUUUGAAACUGCGCGGGAAAGAUAUUGGACUGCCCCUGGAGGCAAAACCCAAGAAGAAAUGAGGACAAAGCCUCGAAAUCAGCCCCCCCCCCCCCCCUUACCCAUGUCCCCCAUCUCUAUCCCCACCUUCCUACUCCCGCAAUGACUCUGCCUCCCUCACCCUUCCAACCACCCCUCUCUCUUCUCCACCCCCCUCCUCUACCUGGG